AUGGAACAAUCCGGUUCGAGUACUGGUAACGGUAUGGGUACGGGCAUGAAUACGAAUAUGGAUAUGACUGGUAUGGGUACGGGUACGGGUAUGAAUACGGAUAUGAAUACGGAUACGAAUAAUGUGUCCAUAGACGGGACAGGUGCCCAAAGUGCCCAUACAGUAGACUUCGAUCUCAACAAAACCCCACCCCCUUCUCCUCCUCCAGAACAACCACCACCCGCAGCCGGUAAUGACGACGGCGCUACGGCGGAUCACCGGUGUGCUUCGUGCAGUCAGACGCAAGGUGAGAUGGUGGAGUGUUCUCUCUGCAUAAAACUCUUCCAUGUAGACUGUUUACAACAAGAAGCCACUGAUUCACAAAACAACUUCAAUUGCGCCAACUGUUCGACGAAAUGCCGCAGAGCAAAGAGGCUGCGCCGAUCUUCCUCCGCCGCUAGCGGCGGUGACAGUUUAGGGCUUAUGGAUAUGAAUGCGUCUCCACCGCGUGAGGUUGACGAUGAUGUCAUGGAGGUUUGUGCAAAUCAGGAAUUGGUGGAGAUUAACGGUGGAUUCAAAAUGCAGGAUACAUUUGGUAACCUCUUAGCUCAAUAUACCUUAACUUCUCCAAACACUCGUACAAAUAUGCAAAACACACAGUCGAAUCUCGAUAUUGAAACACAAAACGCUCACUUAGCAUAUUUACAAGCGUUGAAAGACUACAUAUCUAAGAAAAGAGGCGUAUUAGGAGAUGGUUGGCGUGUUGAAUUUAAGUCUUCUGAAAGUACGAGCAAAACUUCUCCGGUUUAUUGUGCUCCAGAUGGAAGUAAAUUUGAUUCGAUGCGAAAAGUUGCUCGUUAUCUUGGUUUGUUAUCGGAAUCCUUUUUAUUUGAAACAAAAGGUAAUGAUAGCAGCAGUGGGUUACUGCAAAAUGGCUCACGUCGUACUAUAAGUAUUGGUAAUUCUUCAAGGUCAAUGAGCGGGAUCUGUAAUGGUGGAAAUGCAUUUGAAGUAGACCCCGUGCAGAAUGGUAACCGCGGGUCAGAGUUGCUUCUUGAUGGUUUUCCAAUUCAGUUCGAAGACUUCUUCAUUACAUCAAUUGGAAAAAUCGACCCACAACCUUCAUUUCACAACACUUCCCAAAUCUGGCCCGUUGGGUACAAAUCUAUGUGGCAUGAUAAGCUUACAGGGUCCAUUUUCGUAUGUACUGUUUCAAAAAAUGACGAUUGUGCCCCAACGUUCAAAGUAACCCGGUACCCCUGCGCAAAGCAAUCAAUCCCAAACGCUUCAACCAUAAUCUACAAACCAAAAUGCGGGCCCUCUGAUCUAGUUCCACCAACCUCUUUGACUACAGAAAGUCAACACAUGACUUCUAAUAACUCUGUUGAUUUAAUUGGUGAAAUUUCAGUUGAGGGGAGGUCACCAUCAUCCGCGUGGCAAUUGGUCAUCGAAACUUUAUUAUUUGCAUGCCGCCAAUCGUUUCGUGAUUUAAACUUUUUAAGUUUUUGCUGUAACCACAGCGUUGAAAGUCUAAGUCAACAUUCUUAUGGUUCAUAUGGUAGUGACUCGUUGGACAAAUUUCGGUGUUUGGCUGGUGAAACUAACAGCAUCCCGAGGUUAAUACUCACUGUUGACCAGUUUGACUUUUCUUGUACGGUGCUGAGGAGAUGGUUGCAACCGAAUAGAUUCGGUCUAGAUGCAGAGUUUGUUCAAGAACUCAUAGAACAGCUACCGGAAGCUUCUUCUUGUUCCGGAUAUAAAUCUUUGGAUGCCAGGUGUCAAAACUCAAUUGCUCAUACUGUUGGAAGCGGGUCUUUUAUGGUUUUAAGGAAACAUCGUUCACUGCCAGCAGUUUCAGAUAGUAUAAGAGAAAACGAUAAUAGACCGGGCCCACCAGGCAAUAAAAUCGCCUCAGACCUUCCUCCUAGUUUAAUCGGGAAUGCUCUCCAGGUCUAUGAGUUUUUCUUGCGUUUCCAUAACGUUCUGGGGCAAGAGGCACCUCUCUCUCGACAAAAACUGGAAUACGAGUUACUGAAUCCAUGGAUUCACGGCUUAAAUUACACAAAUACCCUUAACACAAAAUCCCAUGACGAACAUUUUGUUGAUGCAACUAAAAGAUCUGAGGGGUAUGAUUGUCAAUCACUGUUAUCAGACUUUCAAAUGGCAAUGGUGAAGAUGUUAGUAGAAGAUAUGUUGUCGAAAAUUGUGAUUAAUGAUCCUUCUAAUGUUAUUGAGUCGAAGUCGAGAAAAGCGAGGAAGAAAAACAUGGAGGUCAAGGUCAAUGUUCAUGGUCAAAAGUCAAAGAUUGGUAUAUUUCCUGUUAAUGAAUUCACUUGGCCAGAAUUAGCAAGGAGAUACAUUUUGGUUUUGUUGUCUAUGGAUGAUGGUUUCGAAGAUUUGGAGAUUACGGGCCGUGUAUUUAAUGAUAUAUUUCUUUGUUUGAGCGGUAACGGGGGCCCGCUUUGCGGUUAUCUUACGGGAAUGGCUGCAAUCGAGGCUGAUGCAGUGGUUCUAGCAGAGGCAUCAAAGAAAGUGUUUUCUUCCGUGAAGAGUAGGACUGUCGACUUUAUCAUAGAUAAAAAAGAUCUUAAUAUUAACAACUCUGCCAUUGAUAAAAAGAGAAAUGAUAACAAAUGUCCUGAGUGGAUUAAGCUUCUAGAACCCAUAAGAAAGCAACCAACAAACGUGGGAGCAAAAAUAAGAAACCGAGUUAAAAGAUCUUUGGAAAAAGGGCCACCCGAGUGGGCCACAGAGAUGUUGUUGAAGUCCAUAAGCAAAGAUGUCUACAAGGGUAAUGCGGCAGGACCCACCAAGAAAAUUGUCGUUGAGGUUCUUGAAAAAGUGAGAAAAGAAAAUCCACUAACUAGAAAGAAAACAAAAGAAAGCCGUGUUAUAAGGACGGUAUCUGAUGUGAUCAUGAAAAGGUGUCGAAUGGUGCUACGGGAUGUUGCGGCUCAAGAUGGAAACAAGUUCUUUUUCAGUCUCAUGGCCGAAUCUUUAUUGAAAACGAACGAAUCUGAUGAUGAUGGAAAUCUUGAAUUGAUUUCAAGACCGUUAGAUUUCAGGACCAUUGACCUUAGAUUGGAUGCAGGCUCUUAUAAUGGUUCGCAUGAGUCUUUCAUUGAGGAUGUUCGUGAGGUUAUGCAAAAUUUGCGAAUAAAAUAUACGAACAAAUUUAAAUAUCUUGAGUUGAUUGAGAAAAUUUCAAAAAAACUAGAAGAUCAGUAUGAACAAGAGGUACUCACACUGGUCAACAAAACAGUCCAAUACGUGAACAACAGUCCCACCUCAUCAUCUGCCGAGCUAAAAACCGAGCUAAAUAUGAUGAUUGCAGAAACGAUUGCAACCACAAUUUCCGUUGCUCCAUGGGAGGUCGGGAUUUGUAAGAUAUGUGGAAAAGACGAAAACGACCAUAUUUUGCUUUUAUGCGAUAGAUGUGAUGCAGAGUAUCAUACGUAUUGUUUAAAUCCACCGCUUCAAAGAAUUCCGAAAUCAAGUUGGUACUGCCCUCCUUGCAUUUCGUUCAUUACAAGUCAAAGUCAAACUAUGUCACGAGAAGACGAUUUUGACUCCCUGGUAUUGAGUCAACCCAGUGAGAAGAGAAGUCAAAGGGAAUUUAUCCGAAAUGGUUUAGAGGCACUCGCGGAUUUAGCAGAUAGUAUGGAGUCAACAGAGUACUGGGAACUAGGAGUGAAGGAGAGGGUUUCUCUGUUACAGUUCUUGUCUGACGAGGCUUUAAGCUCGACAGCAGUUCGAGAAUACAUAAGCGCAUAUGAGUCCGACAUCGAACGAAACUACUUGGGCCGGGACUGGGCCGGAAGACUGUACUGGACUCUUGGCGGGCCCGAAAGGCUCUUUGUAUCGGGCCCACACUGUGAUGGUGAAGUGUGUGUACCCUCUGAUAAAGAAUUUGAUUCUUGGUUUUGCUAUGAAUCGGAUACGGAAAUCGAGGCGCUCAUUGAAUGGCUAAGAGACGACGAUGCAAGAGAGAAAAAAUUGAAAGAAGCGAUUUUGAAGUGGCAAAAAGGUGCAUUAAAUGAUCCCGAUAGUCGAGUUCACUUGCAAGAUAAUUGCUUGAGGUCGUCGGUUUAUAGCACCAAAGCAAGGGCAGAAUUGGAAAACAAAUUUGGUUUGUUUGACGUGAAUAUACGCCGAUGUGAUUGCUUGGAAUUGGUGGGGUGCAAUUUGCAUCAUUGUUUUUCGUGCCACUCGUCGUUUUUCGACGACGAGGUACAUCAAUGUACGAGUUUUGAUAACCAGUUGACUUUGACUAACGAGCUGGUCAAUUCAAGCGGGAACCCGUCGUUUUUUGUACCUGAAGAUAACCUUCACGAUAACAAUGCUGCAUUCUUGGUCAAACAGGAAGUCAAGUCAAACGAGUCACCAUCUGAGGUUGACCAGUCUAACCUUGAGGGUAUAACGGGAAAGAAUCCCUCAUUUCUCUCUGGGCCUCUAACGGGCCGGGUUUCUGAAAUCAUUCGGUGUCUGAAAAUGAUUUUAUUCGAUAUUGAAACCACUCUUCCGAGAGAAGCUUUUCGACCUUCUAGAGUCGACCCGGAUAAGUUAAGAGGCUGGCGGGCUUUUUUAAAAUCGGCCCAAUCAAUUCAUGAGAUGGUACAGGCAGUUAUCAUAUUCGAGGAUAUGAUAAAAACCGAACAUUUGAAGAAAGAAUGGUGGCAUUGGUCAUCACCAUCAGCCGCUGCCAAAAUAUCAACCAUUUCAUCUCUGGCGUUACACAUAUACGCCCUCGAUGCUGCCAUCAGUUACGAGAAGCCGCCACCGCCCCCACCACCGCCUCCACCUCAGCCGCCAGUGGCCUUGACAGAGCCGGUGGCAGCAGGAGAUUCCGUGUCAACGGAACAAACUUCAAAAAAGUCGAACUUGAAGAACAACCUAAAGCCAUGCACCUCGACAUCGAAGCCGAAUGAUCUGGAACAUCCCUUUAAGGUUUCGAAAUCUGAAGAAAAACCGAAGAACAAGAAACUUAAAGUUUCACAUGGUGUUGUUGUAUACGGUAACGAUGAACGUUUGGAGGUAGUUAGACAGGUGAACCCGAACCCCGAGCCCUGAACUGUGAACCACUGCAUCCUGGUGUUGUAGGAAAAAGGGGGUGUGGUUGCGGUAUAUUAGUUAUAUGCGGAUGCUCGUAGUUUUUAUUUUCUUCUUUUUUUUUUAAUCGCCUGUUGUAGACAGAAGCGCAAAAACGCUUGAUUGUGUUUUGAUCUGCUAUCCAAAUGGAUUUUGGGAUGUUUUAAUUAUCGGGUUUUGCUCACAUGUUUGAAUC